AUGUCGACCACCUCCUUGGCUGGACUUGCUCGCGACGGUCAGCCAUCAGCCAUAUCCAGCAUCAUGUCCGCCCGUCCUUUGGCUCGGGCGCUUGGUCGUCUGCCCCGCCAAAAGCCUCUUCCGUGUUCAGUCUGCCGGUCUCGACAAUUCACAUCCACCGCUCCUCGAGCAGUCAAACCAGCUGCCGGCGCCGACCCCAACCCCAAGGAGCAGAUCAAGGGUCCCGAGAUUGUCGCGCCCCGAAGCUAUGGCAAACGCAUCGAUGAAGGCUUCACGCCCAAGCCGCUCCCUCGGCCGAUAGGGCUGCCCAACCCGCCGCAAGCAGGCGAGAACACGGGCGUGGACAGCCGGUCGAUGAGCCAAAAGAGAGACGACUUUGUAGAUUAUGACAAGCAUCUAGCGCGAAGAAAGGAGCUCACGGCGCAAAUGUCGAAACCGUACUUUCGCGACUGGGGCAACUUGAAAUUCCACGAGGGCAAAUCCUUCAUCUCGCCGCCGAGACUCUUCAAAGCCGAGCUCUCGCUCUACUUUCCCAACUUCUACGGACAAACGCUUGUCAAAGGCUCCCAGCCGACAGACACGACCCCUGUCCUGACGGGCAAGGCCUCUGUCGUGUCCGUCUUCAGCAGCCAGUGGGCCGAGACACAAAUAGAAAGCUUCGUGUCAUCGGACGCCAACCCCGGGCUGCACGAGGCCGUCACGCACAACCAGGACGUGGCGCAAAUGGUCUAUCUCAAUUACGAGGACAAUCGAGCCAAGGCCAUGCUGGUCAAGUGGUUCAUGGGCUCCCUGCGGAAAAAGUUCCCUGAGCGUGAUUGGAACAAGUACUUCCUCGUGCAGAGGGGCUUGUCAGACACCAUCAGGGAGCACAUUGGUCUCCUGAAUAGCAAGGUCGGCUACACAUUCCUCGUCGACCAGAACUGCCGCAUACGCUGGGCAGGUAGCGGAACGGCCCAUCCAGAUGAGCUCGAAGGGCUCAACAGGGGCUUGGUCAGGAUGGCAGAAGAAGUCAGGCGGGCAAACUACAAGCCAGCGACAGCGCGGGAGGCCCACAGCAGGCAGCACUUGCGAUCGGGAACGCUGGAUCUGUGA